GAGAGAGAGGCAAAAGGCUGUAAAUGGGAUGUGUAUGGAAUAAAAAAAAGUGAGAAAAGCUGAGCCGGAGUGGGAGAAGGGCUAACCUGCUUGUACAGCAGCCCCGGCGACGAACAAUCUAGCCUAGCGGAUAUUUUUCUCGUAAUCCCUACACGAACAGAAAAAAAAUGAGGAGCAAAAGCAGAAACAAAUCUGAAUAGUGAUAAUGUUAAACAAAUUAUAAAGGUAAGCCAAAGGAAUGACCCUACUUCGGCUCUUUUUGGGGAUUUUUUACCGAUAAGUCAUGCCUCUUUCCAGUUCGCUGUACGUGCAUGCAUAAAGGCCGGCCGAGGAGGGAUUUAUCUGGCUUUUCUAUUCAGUGCAACAAUGACAAUGUGGGGAAGCGCACGCUACAAAGAGGAAAUCAGUCCGCACUGAGCUUCUGUUUUUUUUCGUAUGUUGUUUUUUGACAUUGACAGCGCGGCUGCACUGCCUUCCUCGGGUGAUACAGGAUGUGAGAGACUACUGUACAGGGUGAAGACGGCGAAGGGCACCAAGAUUACAACCCAGCUGGUUAUCUGAAAGCCUCCACUGGUUUUAGAAGCCUGGCUCUAGAUGAUUUAUUAGUGUUAAACAGAAUCACAUGUUUCAGGAGAUGCAUCAAUGAAGUUAAACAAAGUGACUAAACCAUGGGGCAUUGAGAUACUUAUUAAUCAUCUUCUACUUGAAAAGUCCAGGGAUAAAGAUGCCUGCUAAGCAAACAUAGCCUUGACAGUAUGGCUGAAUGAGCUCUAUCGUGCCCCCAGUGGAGUACCUGGAAGCUUGAAAUGGUUCCUGCAAGAGAAGAUAAAUAUUAAACAAACCUCUGAAUGUAUUAGAUUUUCUGUUUGGGAUUUUGCACAGUUUGUUUGUACCUCUUGUUCUCCAGUGUCCUGAAAUCCAAAUCUUGAUGUCACUUUUUUUUCUGGAUAAAAUCUGCACACUUGAGUAACACAAACCUAAAACAAGGAAUAAUGUGAGCUUGCAAGCUGAUUGCUGAUGCAGGUGCUGAGAUCAGAUCCAAUCAUUUCUUUUCUGACGGAGUUGAACAUCUUCUUUUACACUUGUUAUCAAAACUGACCUCCCCUUCAAUUUAGAAAGACAAUCUGGUGCUGAUUAAAAAAUAUCUCUCAGGCAUUUUUUAAGGAACUCUCCUCAGAAUUUGAAACCUCUUUUUGCAUUCAAUUAUUUAGCACUAAGGCAGUUUCUAACUGCAGUUCUCCCUUUCUGAUGCCACUAAUUUGAGUUCUGUGGCGCAAAGAGAUUGCUGUAUAUGGAAUUUGCCAAUAACUGUUUAAAGAAAGUAUUUUCAAGUAGUAGCAAACAGACAAUAAUGAUCUAGCAUCUUAGCCAAGUCAGCAAUGUGUUAUUAUUCAAUGCGGUUAUUUUAGAAACACAUGUGAAAUGAUCCGCCUGGUAGUCCUGACUUUCACUAUUUUAUUAUUAUGUAUUGAUGAGGCACAUUUCCUGCAUGCCUAAAAAAUUCACGUGUUUGCAGGAAAUAACAUGUCUCGAUUUUCCACAUGUCCUCCCUCAGCACUUCGCUGUUUGUGCUUAGUCCAUUAGCUACAGAGUCCAGUGGAGUUCAGAGAUACUGUUGCAACAGAGAAAUACAUUUGUAAGUUGGGGAAACUGGGACAAAAAGGUAGAAAAGAAGGACCAGACCUGCAUUGGCAACCACAGCCAUGCAAUCAGAUGACUUGUUUAUUCGAAAGCUUCGCCGGCAGAGUCCCCGGACUCCCUUGGCAACAGUUGCCUUUGAACCCAGGAGAGAUCUUUUGAGUCCUGGCAUCAGAAAUAAGGGAGUAGCUGAAUGGCCUCCCAGAAAAGGAGGAGAGGAUAAAGGUUGCCCUGAGAGUGUGACCCCAACUAGAGCUGGUAUCAGUGGUGGACUGAGGUCUUCCGGGAGGAGUCACGCCAUGCAGAGAAGCAAUAGUGAUGUCACUUUGGGAGACCUGGAGGUUUCGGGAAUUGGAACAGGAAAAACUGGAACUGGUGGAGAUAAGUCAGUUGGUAGCCCUGGUUCAGGAGAACAAGGAGUGGUCCUCCACAGGGAGUAUGGGAGUUUGUCCUCCCUAGAGAGACAGAGCAAAAGCAGAGCCCAGAAUCACGAGGACCAUGGAGCAUUGAGCCCAUCAGCCCUGCGUUUUAAAGAUCCAUUUGUGCUACUUGGACUGCAAGGUGGAACAUCAGAACCAGACUAUUGUCGAGCAUUCUCUCUUCCUGCAGGAGACACUCCCAAAGUCAAGCCAAGUAAGGCUGAGGCCUCUAAAAAGUCCAAAUGUCAAUCUUCACUGCAGAGUUGCAAUGAGACUGCUCCUGGUGGGACAUUUGUGAGAAAUUUUGCCCACUAUGAUGUGCAGAGCAUGCUUUUCGAUUUGACUGAGGCAGCUUCUAAUCGGGACAGUAUAGGACGCAAGAAAAACAUUACCUCAGGUGCUUCAGCUGCCUCACAGCUGCGCAGCCCUGCCAUACCUACUCCUGCUGGGGCAACAGGGGGUUCCAACUCACCUGGUGUAACAGGCAGUAACACAGAGGACCUAGACUGUCUGCGGGAGUCUUUGGCUCUUGAUGAUGGUGAUGAGAAUCACAAUGACCUUCUCUUCAGCUGCCCCCACUUCCGGAAUGAAAUUGGAGGAGAAGAGAGGAUUGGACUGGGCCGAUCUCGUUCAUGGAACUGUCCAUCAUCCCAUCUCCCUUUGAAUUUUCAUUGCCCAAAUGAUGCAGUGUCUGUUCUAGAGGAGCCCCGAGAAAGUCAUGUUCAGCAACAGGGCAAGGCCAGCUUCUUCAUUGAGCAUGCCGACUUGGGAGCCCACUAUUACCGCAAGUACUUCUAUAUGAAAGAUCACCAGAACUUCUUUGGGACCGAUGAACGCCUGGGUCCAGUAGCAAUUAGCUUCCGUAGAGAAGAGAAAGAAGGAUCACAGUACAACUACCGGAUAAUCUUCCGCACAACUGAGUUAAAGACGUUACGUGGUUCAAUUCAAGAAGAGUCAGUACCAUCAGCAGCACGCCAUGCAACUCCUCGAGGUCUAUCCCCUAAGAAAUUGUUGGAGUAUAUCAUGCCCGAGUUGAACCUGCAUUCUAUUCGUCUUGCUUCAACAUCCCCCAAAGUCAAGGAGACCCUUCUGAAGUUGGAUGAACAAGGGUUGAAUUUUCAGCGUAAAGUGGGGAUUAUGUACUGCAAGGCAGGCCAGAGCACAGAGGAGGAUAUGUACAAUAAUGAGAGUGCAGACCCACUUUUUGAGGAAUUCCUGGAUUUACUGGGGGAGCGUAUCAGGCUGAAGGGCUUUGACAAGUACAGGGCCCAGCUGGACACAAAAACUGACUCAACAGGAACACAUUCACUCUAUACCCGGUAUCAGGACUAUGAGAUCAUGUUCCACGUCUCUACUAUGCUGCCAUACACUGCCAACAACACACAACAGCUGUUGCGAAAACGACAUAUUGGCAAUGACAUAGUGACUAUCGUCUUCCAGGAACCAGGAGCACUUCCUUUUACACCAAAAGCCAUCCGAUCCCAUUUCCAGCAUGUCUUCAUCAUUGUUCGAGCCCAUUAUUACUCAGGCCAGACAUGUUACAGUGUGGCAGUAACACGCUCGAAGGACAUUCCUCUGUUUGGACCAUUAUUCCCAAAAGGAGCCUUGUUUCCCAAAUCAUCUGCAUUCCGUGAUUUUCUACUGGCCAAAGCAAUCAAUGCAGAAAAUGCAGCAGAGAAGUCUGAAAAAUUCCAUGCCAUGGCCACUCGCACUCGCCAGGAAUAUCUCAAGGAUUUGGCAGAUAAUUAUGUCACUACUACCCCCAUUGACUCCUCAUCUAAAUUCCCCCUUCUUUCACUAGGGGGGAAAAAGAAAGAGAAGCUGAAGGGUACAAAGGGGGCAGAGAUGCAUAGUGCAGGUGCCCUUGUGUGGGCAGUUGAAGCUGUUCGACAGGUGGAAGAUGACAUCACAGAAUGGGUUUCUUGCCUUCUUGGAAUUGCUGCUGAAUCUGUGGUGCUAGUUGAGCGACGGUCACGGUGUGUCAUCUUCAACUGCUCUUGCCGGGAUGUUAUUGGAUGGACUAUUCAUGAAAAGGAUCAUGCACUGGAUAUUUUCUAUGAGCGAGGAGAACUGGUAACCCUGUGUGUGCCAGAGAAUCAGGCGGAGGAUAUCAAGGAAAUUGUACAAAGGCUGGAGUUUGUGACAUGUGGAUGUGAGGCCAAGAAAAUGACAACACUACGAAAUAGUGUUGGUCAACUGAGCUUUGGGCUGAAUGAAGAUGGCUUUGUGACUGAUGUAGAUUGCUUCAGCUAUGCAGACCGAGAAGGUCUCAAGGUUGGAGCCCGAGUUGUGAAGAUAUGUGAUAAACCGUUUAUAUGCCUCAGUCCACAGGAGAGAAGUGAUCUUCUUCGUAGUGCUCUCAAAGUAAACAUCACUUUUAUUCCUCCUGAUCAGAAUGGUAAACCCCGCAGAAGUUACUCAGAGCUGUAUCUCAAGGCCAUCCAGGACACAGAUCGUAAAUCGGACAGCUUCCCAGGAGAGCCCUGGAUUCUUAGACGACAGGAAGAGGACUUAGAUGAAGAAAAGAUUCAUAAUUUCCAGGCUAUUUUGCAAGAGGAUAAAGGAGAAGAAAUGAAUGUAUAUUCUCUGAAACCUCCUAAUCUUCAUCUACACAGAGCGUCUUCGCUCACAGAACCCCAAGACACCUAUAUUCCACCAUUGAUCCGCAGCUACUCACUGGAGAAACGGCCAAAUAUGGAGGACAUAUAUGAAAACAGGCACAUCUAUGACAAUGUGGGGUUGAUGCAGGAUAGGAAAAAGGGUCCUGUGUAUGAAAAUGUCCAAGGCUUACUGGAUGCUACACCAGACCUUAUCCUGGAAGUAAAACCAAAGGCACUUUUGGCUGAAGAAACAGACCUGCAGAAACAGUUUUCAGCAUUACAGGCUUUUGAAGAAGAGGCAUCUGUCAGUGCUCAUGAGGUCUGUACAGAUCUGUUUAGGUCAACCGACAUUCCAGACAGGAGUUCUCUGGCCUUGAGUUUACAGAAGGUACUCAAAGAGACAAAUGAAGCCACAGAGGAAGAAUGGCAGUCAAUCUCCGAUUUGGCAACAGCGUGUCGAAGUAUCUUGGAAGCUCUUUCUAAAGAGGAGCGCAGAGGAGGGGAUGCACCUAUGUCUGCGACUGAGUCUCAACUGGCAUCUUCACAGGAGGACAUGAAACUCAAGGACAACAAAGGAGGAGAUUCUCCAGCUCAUCUGGAAGAGAAAGUUUGUCAGCUGGAGUCCAUGCUCAAAAAAUUGCAAGAGGACCUUCAAAAGGAAAAAGAGGACAAGGCCCUGCUGCAAGCGGAGGUACAGAGCUUACGACAGAACAACCAGCGCCUGCAAGAGGAAUCCCAGAGCACUGUAGCACGCCUCAUCAAAGUUACUGAACUUCUAUGCAGCGUCAACAAGCCCUGCUAGAGCAAAUCGCAGCAGCAAACCACCAGGGACAGAGUGUGCGGACAUGGAAGGGGGGAGGGCAUUUGUCCUUCAUGAGGCGUGGAUGGUCUUGUUUCCUUUUCAUCUCUGCCUAUGAUGGCCAGGAAAUCCUCCUAACAAAAGGAGUAAGACUUUUUAUUUUAAGGAUUUUUGUUCUGGCAUACUGCAUCAUUUUUAUGCAAGUUUUUUUUUUUUCUUAAGCUCUUCUGGAGCAUUUAUGCAAACUUGCUAUGAUAUGCUCUAGAUCUAUGCCACAGAAUUCAGAUUUAACAGACUGUCCCUCUCUUUACCUGGAACGAUUGAAUAAAAGGCUAAAUGCAUUAUUUUGUAUGAUUUAUGAACUGUAAUUAUAAUUUGCAAAUUGCAGGACAAUGGUAAACAAAAUAAUAAAAUAAUGCAUAAAAACCUUCUCAGAGAAGAAAGCUGGACCCUUAGCACCUGGAAUGUGUUGCCUCCACUUACUCUUUGAGUGUGUUGCAGUAACGCUUUUUUUGGAAUAAUUGGAGCCUAAGUCAUCAGUAUUCUAAUGUCCUUUGAUUUUCUCCAUUCCUAGAUGCACUAUAAAUCAUGACCACUUAUUCAAGUUCUGAUUAUGGUCUGGAUGGACAGCUAGGAGAACAGUAGUAGGAUGUAUAAAAUAUAUAAAUAAAUUAUAAAUGGCCGAGCCUAGAUUCUCUUCAGCUAUUAUGCGGACUUGCAUACUGAUGCCAUUACUGGGAUUUAUACCCAAAAUCAUCUCAACUCCAAGCCUAUUCCUGCUUGUUACUGUGAGGACACAUCUCGGUGCCGCUAGCUUUCUGAUGAGUUAAAAGAGAGGAAGCGUUUCAGAAGCACUGAUUAUUGCAACAUCUGUCUAUUUAUGAUUUUUAGUAAAUUCACUGUGAAUUUCAGGUACCAGCAGAUGAGUAUGCAUACAAUAAGUCUAUAUAUUAAUUUAUGACAUAAUAUUCUUCACAGUCAAGCUGCUUCAUGUAAAAUGCAGGCUGUAUAUAGUAAAGCUGCAGAAAAAUUAAUGGCAUAUUCUUUGUAUUUGAUCUUUUAUUAUUAUUAUUUUCUUUUGUAAGUUAUGUACUUUUGUUUUUGAGGUUGUCCAUGUGCCCACAACUGCAAUUUCAAGUGUUUAGUCUUCCUCAGGAUGUGUGCAGAACAUGAUGUGACUUCAGAUCAGGUGUUUAUAAUUUGUAUUGCAUUAACAAUGUUACUUUUUGUUCUAAAUUUUUUACUUUUUGGACUGAGUAUGCCAGUUUAGUGUAAGAUAACUGAAGUGCCACAAACGGCAAAGCAGCAUUUUAAAACAGCUAGCAUGGUUGCACCAUUUUUGACCAAUAAUGGAAAAAAAUGAAAAAAUAAAUUCAGUGACCAUUAGCUCAGUUUACAUCAGCUUUUUAAAAUACUUUACCAACCUACAUUGUUUUAUAAAAAUGGAGAGCCUACACAAAAAAUAGUGCCAAAAUGUAUUUUUUUCCACUCUCUCUCUAUAUAUAUGCCCAUCCUUGGUUUUAUUGAUGAUUCUGAACAAAUAGUUAUUUUCUUGAAGAAGAAAAAAUAUCUGAAAAAUUUGUCUGAAGAACUGUUUUGUCUGCAGUCUGCAUUUACUUGAUUUUAAAUAAACAUGGUAAUAUGACUGAAGGUGAUGAAAAUUAUUACUUUGUGCUAGCAAAGAUGAACUAUAGGAUUUAUGUAACUAAGAAGCAGGAAUGUGGUGUUUUGAAAGAGGACAUAUCAGAGCACAUUUUGUGCAGCAGAUAACAAACCAACUGUUUGAAUAAUGACGUGUUCAGUAGUGCUCUAAAAAUCUCUUUACUACACUGAUAUAAUACACAAUACAAAAUUGAAACCCUAUAUUGGCCUGGAAUGAAUGUGUGUGAGGUGGCAUAGCAUUCUGUCCAAUACGCUUAGGUUACCCACACAUAAGUACUUGUAUAAGCCAGAGGUGAUGGCUCAUUUGGAAUGGAAUAAUGGAGUUACUUUUCAGUUAUUUUAAUGUCAUUAUUUUUAAGACUCUUUCACCCAUCCAUCGAUUAUCAAACUCACAUAGUGCAGUACAGAUAAAUUAAGAUGCUAGAUGCUGAUAUAAAAUUUAGUUUUGCAUUAACAUUUGAUCAAAGUAGCAAAGUAACUAGUAAUGCCCCUUCCCAGCAUCUGGAUCCUGGCUUGAUUCCAAGCUGGAAUGCCCUCUGGGAGAAGUCCUGAAAUUUCACCUCCAAACAUCUCAUCUUUUUUAUCUCACUCUCAAACCCUCUUAAUCCAAUGGGGUGCUGCAGUCUAUUCCAGCAAGCACUGAGCCUAAGGCAGGAAACAUCCUUAGACAGGACACCAGUCCAUCAGAGGACUCACAUGCACACACACACUCAAAAAGGUGUCAAUUUGGAAUUAUUAAUUAUAUCAUGGUAUGGAAGGAAAACCCGUGCACGCUGGGGAAGAACAUGGAAUCUCCACACAGACCACAGCCAGGUGUAGGAUUUGAAACCAGGGCACCAGAUCUGUAAAGCAGCAUUUAGAUUCUGCUUUGUGCCAAUUGCUACAGGAUAAAAUUCUGCUCCUCUACUACAGAAAAGGGUUAAAGGUGGGCUGCUGAAAUAAAGUACAAAAUGAUUAUUCCCACUACUCUUGUAAGAGAACAAUUUGCCACAGCCAUAUAUUUUUCUAUAUAUAAUUGAACAUCAUGGGAAAAAUUUUAUUGAACUACUAUAGGAUGAGCUAAAUAGCUUGCCCUCUACAAAAAAUAUGCAUGUGUUUUUAUGGUCUUCUUAAUUUUAUGAUUAUUGUUUCUGUGGAUUCAUAAAGGUAUUCUGAAAUCAAUAUGCAGUAUUGUGAUUCUCUAAUAGUAUGCACUGUUCUGUUUCAGAAAGGCACACUUUCCAAUGUGUAGUAGUUCCUACUCUUUAUUACAUCAAUGGCAUUUCACCAUAGCAUAUUAGAUAUAUUCAGAAAAUAUUUAAUAGUGUAAAGAAUGGUUAUUUGAAUUCCUUUAAACAUGGUAUUGCAUGCUGGCACAUACUAUCAUUAUUAAAUAAUGAUAAUAUAAUAAUUAUUGUAUAAGAAGGGUAGCAGCUACUUGGUCAAAGAAAUUUUAAAACAGUACCUCAUUAUAAUUAUUAACAUGUUAUUUUGUGUUUUAAAGUAGUUUUUUAAGCUGAAAAGCUUAAUAUUCAUCAAAGAGAUUUUCUGUUGUUGGGCACUAAGCAUAAGAUUAUUUCCUUAACAGACAAGAACAUGUGUUGCAAAUUGCUGCAUGCUGCUCUGUAAAUACUGGAUAUACACUUUAAUAUACAAUACAUGUCCGUGUAUCUUGUGUAUCUAAACUGCUUUAUUCACACAGUAAAAUCAGGUUCUAGCCUUUCUUCCCAUAAAGGCUGUCUCUAAGGCUGGUUUUAUUUUUACUUUGCUUUCUGUUCUUGAGACGACAAAGAAUGGAAAUUAUGACAGAUUUGUCAAUAUUGGUUUUGCUGAUUGCUUUUUUUCCUUUGUUGUAACUUGUGUCAAGUACAUAUUGUUAAUGUGAACUGAGAUUGUGAAUGAAGUAUAAAGUUCAAAGUAUUUUGUCAAAGCCUAUUACAUAAGGGUUUUUUUACUCUAUAAUGAAAAACAGAAAUGUUCUUACAAAAUUAUGGCACAGUUAUUUUAACAAAGACAGUGUGUUUCAUGCUGGUGCUGCCUCAUUAAUGCAGCAUCAUGCGGUCAAAUAUUGCACCCAGCCAGUGUCUGUAUGGAGACAUUUGCACAUUCUCUUUGUGUUUGCGCAGGUUUUUCUUCAGUGUCUCUGAGUUUCCUCCCAGAUCCCCAAUGACACACACUCUUAGAUAUAUUAGUGAUUAUCAAUUGGCCCUGUGCUCAACAGUAUGUUCUGUGAUGGAGUGGCAACCCAAACCCCAUGCUGCUUCUUUCAUUGCUCCCGAUGCUGCUGGCAUGACGUUGGUUUAAGUGGAUUUGAAAGGAUAUGAGAAAAACUGAUGCAGCAUAAUCAUUUGUUAUGAGAAAUAUAAAAAAGCAUAUUCAUUUAUGU